UGGCAGAGCCAGUCAGUGUACCGCGGGACGAGGUGUGGUGACAGGGCGUCACUAAUGUGGUUUCCCAGCAACACCCGCGGUGACGCCAACUUUAAGGUUGCGCGCUGAGGUCGGGACAGUGAAGCACGUCACGCAGGCCGGCUGGAAGAUGGCGGCUCCGGGGGAAUAUUUCAGCGUUGGCUCCCAGGUCUCAUGCCUGACCUGCCAGGAGACGCGGCUGCAAGGGGAGGUGGUGGCCUUCGACUACCAGAGCAAGAUGCUGGCGCUCAAGUGCCCCGCUUCUAGUGGAAAACCCAACCAUGCUGAUAUUCUCCUGCUCAACCUGCAGUAUGUGUCAGAUGUUAAGGUUUUGAAUAAUCGUACACAGACACCACCUCCUCUAGCUUCCCUUAACAUCAACAAGCUGGCAAGCCGAGCUCGAUUGGAGAAGGAGGAGAAAAUGAGCCAGGCUUAUGCCAUUAGUGCUGGAGUUUCUGUGGAUGGACAACUGUUAUUUCAGACCAUACAUAAAACGAUAAAAGACUGUAAAUGGCAAGAGAAAAACAUAAUAGUUAUGGAGGAAGUAGUUAUCUUGCCCCCGUACCAGGUUGAAAAUUGCAAAGGAAAGGAGGGCAGUGCACUAAGCCAUGUUCGGAAAAUAGUUGAGAAACACUUUAGAGAUAUCGAAAGUCAGAAGGGGGUGCAGAGAAACCCAAUCCAGCCAUCACAGAAAGAGACCAGCACGUCCUCCUGAGCCCUCUGAUACGUCAGCCGAGCUGUCCCCAAGCUGUGCUCUUCUCCCCACUGUGGUGGGAUUCCCGUGAAGAGCUAGAGAGGAGGGGGUAGAUGACGACAUAGGGAAGGGGCAAGCAGGGGGGUCAAUUUGGGGUGGGAAUUGGGUAGCUUUUAUUUCCGGACUAAUCUCUCUCAACCCCUUCUUACAAUGGCCACUCUCCAUUCCUGGUUGUUUACUGAAGGGAUUGAGGAGAUACUGAACAAUAGAAGACCCCAUGGGCUCCAUAUUCAUAUAAUUUUCUUUUUCUUUUUUUUUUUUUUUUUAUUUCCUACAAAUUCCCAAUUCAGAAUUUUUCCUGGCAUUGCAUUUCUUCCUCAACGAGGUUUUUUUCUAAAAAAAAUUUUUUUUAAUCUUUUUUUUUUUUUUUUUCCGCAUUCUUUUUGUGUGAAAGUUAUGUUUCUCAUUUGUUGUUGCUGGAGGAAAUAUUCAACCAUUUCUCAGCCAGUGGGCCAAGGCAGUGCUUGGCACUUCUCCCUCUGGCCGUGAAGGGGUUAUAAAAUUGCCUGUAAAAAGGAGAACAAAACAAACUGUAAAAAACAAAAAAACAAAAAACACAAAAAAUAAAACUGAAAAAACAAAAGUAAA